AUGGAGAGCCUGGGCACAUCUCUUAACGUUUCUCCGAUAGGUUUCAGGACCAGGGAGGCUAUCACAACACAUUUUUGGCCACCGGCGGAUUUACCAAUGUUUCAGCAAAAGAUCCUGAAUUGGGAGCCUUACUUUGGGUAUUACGAGAGGCAGUGCCGGGCUGCUCUGGUUGACCGCGGUCGCUUUGUAAUGGCCAAGACGCACCACGAUAUACUCAAGAUAAUACGCAGUUUUGAUAAUGGCAGCUCUCGAGAAGUCAUUAGGGAAUCAUUGAGACUAAACCUCACCGCACCUGGUCGGUCUAAUGAAAAUGAGAUAUUGGACGGGGCGAUCGAUCUGGCAGCGCGGUUGUAUCUGAUGGUCAACAUCGCUGCAGAUACUCGAACGAUAUCGGAACAGACGCGCGUGGAAUGGACCACUGGUGAAUUGAAGGACUGUGUUCGUGCCCACUUUCAAGAGCCACAGAUCUUGAGUGAUGCAGGGUUUCGACUUGAACCGAUCUUUACGGCAGCCAACCUCGAAUGUGUUACCGGUAUCCGAGUUGUACCGACCGACAAUCUUGCAGAUCAUCUAAGGUUGAUGGACCGCGAUGGUACAGUCGCUGUGUUUUGUAACGCCUCUUUUCUGUGGCGACAUGUGAGUGACGUGUUCCCCGAUGGUCUCUUGGCCGAGACACUUCAGACACUCUCCCUGCUCUUUCCAGCCAACGAAAAGCAAACGCAAAACUGGCUACGAAAGAAUAGUAAGUCUGAAGGCAUCGAUCAAGCCUUGUCAUCUUGUGAGCUCUUGCGGCUUGAAGAGAGACAGCUCGAGAGGUUCAAGUUCUGGCAUGAUCGACUCGUCAUCCUGAAGCAAGCUUUCGACCAUUCUCGUCCAGCGACCAUAUCCCAGUGGUGGUACGAUCGACGCAAUGGUGUCCAGUGGUACACUUUCUGGGUUGCGAUUGUUGUGUUGUUUCUGACAAUCUUUUUUGGAUUAGUGCAGAGCAUUGAAGGAGCUCUGCAGGUCUAUAAAGCUUUCCAUCCAUCAUGA